UCCGGUUUACCGCCCCUUACUUGACUCUCCUGUACUUCCAGUUCGUCUGCGGCUUCAAGUUCAUGUGUUGAGCUGCUGGCCGCCGAGUCUUAAGAGAUCAUGAGGCGCGGGGGGCUGACAGCACGAAAAGAGACCAUGUCCGUCUUUUUUGCCUGUGGUGCCGGGAUUAUAGCUCUUAAAAGUCGUCGAUUCGGUCUUUAGUUGACGUCGAAUGAGGCCAGGAGGAUCGACCAACAAGCAACUUUGAGCCCAAGCAGCUGUGGUCGGUGGAGCGGAGAGUCGCCUUCGUCCGAAGAACCCUUCGAAUAAAUUAGGUUUUACAUGUUAUAGACUGACUUUGGUUAUGUACGCCGGUAGAAUGCUCAAGGUGUGUCUGCGGAAGCCUCUGUGGCCGGCUGGACACAAGUUGUCGUCGGGACUGAGGACGUCUCCGGCGGCGGCGGCGGCAGCGCUGAGACUCCCGGGGACGACGCGCCGGAUGGGAACGCACGGGAGAAACGAGCCGAGGGAGCCGCUCAACUCCCCCACGCGGGCCAAAGAGUUCAUUUAUCGCAUACACCCGAGCGAGAGGACGUGCCUGCUGAAGGAGCUGCAGCUCUUCGAGUCCAAAGCGAUCGCCCAAGAGACUCUGGAGACAUCGCCGCUGACUGCAGCCCAGAUCAGAUAUGUUUUAUUCCACAACGCCAUUCCUUUUAUCGGAUUUGGUUUCCUGGAUAAUGCCAUCAUGAUUGCAGCAGGAACGCAGAUUGAACUCUCCAUCGGAGUCACUCUGGGGAUCUCCACCAUGGCUGCUGCAGCUCUGGGGAACCUGGUUUCAGAUCUGGCGGGUCUCGGUCUUGCAGGUUAUGUGGAGGCUCUGGCCUCCAGACUGGGGAUGCAGGUUCCUGAUCUCUCACCCAAACAAGUGGAUAUGUGGCAGACCAGGCUCAGCUCCCAUAUGGGCAAAGCCAUCGGCAUCACCAUCGGCUGCAUUUUGGGAAUGUUCCCGCUGUUUUUCCUGAGCGAUGAUGACGAGGAGGAGAAGAAGGAGGCAGAAGCACAGCCCAGCGGUGACGCAGCGUCGCAGUCCUCCUAACGGACAGCAACACAUCUCAAACUGAAUUUUGUUUUUUUUGGGUUUUUUUGUCAACAAUACAAAAAAAAAAAAAAAAAGCGUUUAAUGGUAAAGAUUUUCUGCCGUGCUACUCAGGUGGCUUUCACAAUCUGGCUCCGCUUGAAUUCAAACGUAGCAGUAUUACAAAACGAUUCUUCUCUUGAUUCUUGCUGUCUAUCGAUUCAGUUUGUCCUCUAUGCAGGUACCACAUUUAUUUAUAUUCUGGAAAGAUAAGUCUGCAUCAUGAGGUCCUGUUCCUUAUUGAUUUUUCUAUCAGCUCCUUGAAGAUAGAUUGUUGGCAUUCAAACAAACACUAAAACAUUUUUUUUUUAGUCUCCGCACACUCCAGAGGCUGUUAAAACAUUUCACGUUAAAGCAUCCUGUUCAUACAUGAAAAAUGAUUUAAUUCAGGUUAUUUGAUCUUGAAAAUAUUUUGUAGUACAGCGUACCUUAAUUACUAAAAUAAUUUAUCAAUAUCAGCAUGACUUGUCUAAAAGUUAGCUCAGCAGCCACCAAACUGCCCUGAAAACCCCUGCACCCUGUUUUCACUGAUUUAUUAUAACAUUCGAUGAAUUAGAGUUCAAAUGAAUCGUUUAAAGGCUAAUGCUGUCCUUAAUUGUCUGAUUUUCAGGUUUUACUGUUAUUAGAUCAGUUGUAGAAUUUAGCUCAGCAGAUUUUUUUUUUUUGAGAGGGAUGUUAUGGUCCUCUUUUCAGAAAAGUACAUGGAGCUACACAGUUAUCCACAGUUGGACUCUUUAUAAGUAGUUUAGUUACUGUUUUGUUUCUAGAUCAGAUUGUCUGACAUGGUUUUCCUCUUUUUUCCUGUGUGACUCUGGCUUGCAGAAAGGAGCUCAGCUUUAGACUAUAUGCACAGCUUGGCGUUUUACUCUUAAUGACAAAUGCAAAUAAGCAAAGACGAUGACUGGGAAGCUUGUUAACACUAAUCCAUCUAGUGCCUUCGCUUUGAAUCAUGGUGGACGUCAGGGACUGGCCCGGUUUAAAACUUUCAUGGUGGCAUAACCUUGACUUAAAAAUACCACAGUAUCAACAUACGAUUUAAUACAAAACGUACAACGUUAACUAAUUGCUCUUAUUUAAAACAGAAAAGCUGCAACGGUUCCUAUUAUUGGAUUAAUUGUUAUUGCUAUUUUGGUUUUGACACACUGAAGUAGUGUAAAAAUGCUUGUUGCCCAGAAUAGUCUACAUUUAUGCUUCAUCGAGUAACUCUGAGACCAAGCGGACUUUAGCCAGCUUAUUAGUCGGGCUAUCUGCUGGGGAUAGCUAGCCUGUAGUCGGCUGCUCACCUGCCAUGCUAGCCGUAGCUCGCUAACUGUGGUUCUAAAACAGUUUUACUUCGAGAGGAGCGCUUCAGGGGAGAACUUUGUUGUCUUUUUCAUGACCGGAGAUAAUUCCAAACAGGACAAAUUUGCCUUUGUUGUGAAGGAGAGAGAAUUGAAGGAGCCUUUCUUCAGGCAGCUAAAUCAGGAGGGUGCAGCAACAGAUGGGGGAGGGGCAUGGCACUUCACACCAUGGGGGAAACUGACCGCCAUGCCUUUCUUCGGUGUCUCAUAAGGACUUUAAACUGCGGGGACCGUUAUGAAAGCAUAAGUUUGAUACCAUUGAGCCACUCCAGUGCACUUUAUCAGCAAUCUGAAUCCGCACCGGUUCCCUGUAGGCCUGCUGUGACCGCCGGACCUUUGUUCUCGAGCUCAUUACCGUUCAGCCGCCCGCAGCUCGGUGACGGCUACAUCCAGGGUGCCGUGGAGCUACUGCACUGAAACUGACUAAAAUCGAAGCGGGAGACACGCAUGCUAGCACACGUGACUUAGACACUAAAAAUAAAACCGUGGAAUCCAAACAGCUUGAGACUUUAGCUCAGUUUCUGCUGUCUAGUUCUCACUAUCGGUUUGGUGUUACUCGACAUAAAAGCGAUCGCAGUUUGUUCUUCGCUUUCUCUGUGCAACCUUUGCUUUUCUUAAUUGAGCAUUUCUCAUCUCUUUCAGUUGAUUUAAAUUUAAAUGUUUGACGCUGAGAAAGCACAAAGGAAUGCUAUGAAAGCCGCCUGAGUAGCUUUUAAAGGGGGGGGGGGGGGGGGGAGCGCUCACCUGGAACUGAGUCUCUCUUUCCAAUUAUUCCUCACAAAGGGAGACUCAACAGCCACUUGUCCUAUUUAACCAGUACCCAGGACUGAAAGCGGCAUCAGUAGGUACUGACUGCAAGUAAAAGACUCCCACUUUUCCUGUUAACUACUAAGAAGCACCUAAGGUUUGUUUUUGUCAGGAGAAGACACUUUAUACGUUGGGAAACAUCAUCUCUAACGCUAUUUCUGCAUAAAGAUGUUAAGCCUGACUUCAGAGACAAACUCUAAAGUCACUCCAGAUGAAUAUGAAAAGUCUUGUGCAUCUUAAACAUUUGAUAAAAACCUAAAACUGGAGCAGAACCCAUGUUGUAUGCUACCUCGAGGAAUAGCGUCGUCGUUUCUGCAUGAAGAACUGAUGUAGCUGCAUAUUCUACGUGACGUCAGGUGUGUUGCUUUUUUGCUUUAAUAAGGAUGGACUCGGAUGUUUAGGACACACUAUGUGGAAACUGAAGUAGAUUUUUUUGUUGUUGUUUGGCUUUUUCUCUCUUCUGCUUCUUUUCAUGUUUUUUUUUUUCUUUACCCCUUUGUGUUCGGCUCUUUCCUCUCACACAUAUAUCAGCUUAAGCUGCACCAUCUGUGUGGUUCGGCUCUUUAGAAAUGAUCAGAGAUGAAGCCUCUGCUGGUUGAGAUUCCUCUGUCUAAAAACAUUUAUGCACUAAAAAACACAGCCUCCUUCCCCCCCUCUCCCUCCCUCCCUCCCUGUUUCUGUCUGUUUUUUUCGGUGUCUUACACAGGAACACAUCAGCUGUGUUUUUCAGCCUCUGUUUUCAUUUUCCAGCUGCACCAGUAGGUAUUUUGCAUAAUUAACAUGUCAGGAAUAGCACUUGUAUUUCAAACUGUGUGCAGGUGCAUUUCAGUAAAUUAGAAUGCCAUUGAAGACUCGGCCUAUUUCAGUAAAUGAGUUCAGAAAAUUUAAAUAUGUACAUUGUAUCGGCUCUUUGUAUGCAGAGAUAUAUUGCAGGUGUGCAUUUGUGCUAAUUUUGAUGAUUGUAGCUUAGGUUUAGUGAAAACCCAAAAUUCAGUUGUUGGAAAAUUAUAGUUUUACCUAAGGAAUAUUAAUGCAGCAAUGAAAAAUAAAAAAGCAUAUGCAUAUACUGGAAAGCAUACACACUCAAUACUUGUUCAGAAAUUAUUUUUGCAUGAAUUACUACACUAAUAGUGUGUGGCAUGGAGGCGUCAAGUGUGCAACACUGCUGUGUCAUUAGGAAGCCUAUGUUGCUUCAAUGAUGGCGUUCUGCCAUGUUUUGGUCCUUUGAUUCAGUGUCUUCAUAUUGACAAUGCCUUCAGAUUAGUCAAUCAAGUACAAUGAUCCCCUCAAGUCAUGUUUUUUUUUUUUUGCUUGGGACUUUAUUCCAUCGCCAUUAUAUCCUUCCACCGAAGGAACCUGUCCAAAACACGACAAUUCUGUUUUAAUCAUCCUUUUAAACCCGAUCAAACUGUCUUAUGUAAUAUUCAAAUUGUCUGAGAAACACUAUUUGGGGAUUUUCAUUAGGUAUGAGCCAAAAAUCAAUAACUGGAAUCUACUAUUAUGUGUGCAGUACCUUGAAAACCUUCAAUGUUAGUUUGAACUAUUGAAAUGCACCUUUAAGAAAAAUCACACGUUAGAAAUUCAACAAUUCAAAUGUUUGUUUUUCAUUAGAAUAAUGCAGCUAAAGAAAUGACUCGUGCCUGAUGUGUUGUAACAUCACAUAUAUUGCUUGAUUGUGGAUUUUCUCAUGCAGAUUAAUCUAUAGAUUACAUGGAUGUUUUUUUUUUUUUUUUCCUCGGGUGAUGCAAACAUAAAACAGAACAAAGUACCAGCCUAGGAAGUUAGACUGUUUUACCGUAUUUAUCAAAAGUAGAACAGAUUUUCACCCUGCAUCUGGGAGAGUUGUUAUUUUAUCUGCCUUUAUUUAACAGAGUGUGUAUCUUUAGAGUGACGAGGACAAGGCUUUAAAAUGAGAAGGAUUUAAGGGCUAAAGGAAAAGAUGAACAGUGAUCUUCCGACUUUAGCGAGCAUUCAAGCAGCUGCAGGUCAGACGAGGAGAGAAACCAGUUUACCGCCUGCCCUGUUUGGCGGAAGAUUUGCUGUGAAGGAUAAUGAGCAAUUUAAUGUUUGUUUGAUUUAUGUAUUAGAUUGUCAGUGAGAAGUUGAGACUAAAACAAGCCGUUUGUCAGCAUGAGCAACCAGAACUUUUUUUUUCUUCUUUUGCAUAAUCUUUAAAUUAAGCUUGCUUGUUUUUCAAGAAUCUAAAUAUCAUAAACAAAUUUGCUUGAUUUAGUUUUUGGGAGAUGAAAUAUUGAAUUGAAUUACAAAUGUUUUCUAUGUUAAAGGAAUGCAGUGUUGUGCUGCCAUCUUGUGGUCUGUGUGGAACAGCAGCAGCGAUGCACUAAAGCGUGUUUGUACUAUAAAAACUAUACUGUCUACAGUGUUUUUUUGCAGAACUGUGUGAAACAAAGUAAUAUAAUAAAUAUGAGAAUGGUUA